UCGCCCGUUGUCUCCCCCGCAGCCCCCGGGCUCAGGAGGGGAGCGAGGGGAGGGGGAAGCGCCAGGGUGUUCGAGGGGAUUGUCAUGGUUACCUCCCUGACAAAACAAAUGGCUCCACUGGGUGAUGAUGAUGGUGAUGGUCACCCAGACAGCUCCGGACACUUUGAGUCAGCGGCGGGGGGCAGAGCCCCACCCUGGGGGUGCAGAAGCCCCCCAUCCCAGGGGAGCCAGACCCCCUCCCGGCUCCGGGCACAGCCUCCCCGCCGGGGCACAUGUUGCUGCAGCCGGCUCGACACAGCGCUCCGCAGCCGUGCCUGCCGCCUUCGGGAUUCCUCCUGCCCCUCCUGCCCUCCCCAGCCCAGCCGCAGAGGGGCUGGAAGAGUGGGUGAAGUUGCUCCAACCCCCCCAUCCCUUUCUUCCUUCUCCUCCUCCUCUCUCCCAGGAAAGCUCCCCACAUCACCCAGAGAGCCCCAGGAAGAUGCCAGGGCUGGUUGACCGUGUGACCCUCUCCCGGCUGCCCCUCAUCGCGUCCGAGGUGACAUCCUGCGUCAGUGGCUAUGCCUUUGGGAUGACAGCCCUGCUCACCUACCACAACCCAGACCCCCAGGCUGUGGAAGGUCUCUUUGUGUACCCCUUGGACGAGGGCACAACUGUGGUGGGCUUCGAGGCGGCCGUGUCCCGGCGCACCGUGACAGUGCAGAUCAAAGACAAAGCCAAGAUGGAUGACACCUACUUCAACAGCUGCAGCCUCCCCCCUGGAAGAGCUGGUGAUGGAAGUGGAAGGCUUAUGAUGGAUGAGGACCUGGAGAGGAUUGUUUUUGUGGCCAACCUGGGCAUGAUUCCUCCCCUGGAAAGUGUCUCCAUCUUCAUCAGCACCUCUUCUGAGCUGCAGACACUGCCCAGCGGGGUGGUGAGGGUCCUUCUGCCAGCUGUGUGUGUCCCCAGGGUCCCCCAGCCCAGCCUGGAGAAUGCCAGCAGCUUUUCCAGCCACCAGCUCCAAAUGGACAAGCACCCCUGUGGAUUGGGGAGCCCAGAGCAAGGGAGCAGGUUCUGCCUGGCUCAGCUGCUGGACAGUGAGCCCACCAACCCCUUCGAGUAUGAAUUCAGCUUCCACCUGGAGAUCCGGGGGCCAUGUUUGCUGGCAGGAGUUGAGAGCCCCACACACGAGAUCCGAGCAGACGCCGACCCCUCAGCUCGCUCUGCCAAGAGCAUCGUGAUCACACUGGCCAACAAACACACCUUCGACAGACCCGUGGAGAUCCUGAUCCACCCAAGUGAGCCCCACAUGCCCCACGUCUUAAUGGAAGAGGGUGACAUGACCCCUGCAGAGUACGAGCGACACCUGAAGGGGAAGAACGAUUUCAUUAAAGGCACUAAGAAAGACCCCAGUGCCAAGAAAAAGACGGAAAUCAUCAGGAAGAGGCUGAACAAGGACAUUCCCCACCACCCUGUCAUCAUGCUCAACUUCUGCCCUGACUUGAGGACUGUGCAGCCAGGCCUCCGGACAGCCCAGGGCGAGUUCAUCUUCCUGGUGGAACGCAGCAGGAGCAUGAGUGCUGUGAGCAUCAGCCGUGCCAAGGAUGCCCUGUUGGUCAUUCUCAAGAGCCUGAUGCCAGCAUGUCUCUUCAAUAUCAUCGGGUUUGGAUCCACCUUCAAGACCCUCUUUCCUGUCAGCCAGGCCUACUGUGAGGAGAGCCUGCUCAUCGCCUGCCAGAGCAUCAGGAGGAUCCGGGCUGACAUGGGCAGCACCAACCUCCUGUCCCCCCUGAAGUGGCUCCUCCGCCAGCCCCUCCACAGGGGCCACCCCCGGCUGCUCUUUGUGCUGACAGCCGGGGCCAUCAGCAGCACGGGGAAGGUUCUGGAGCUGCUGCGGGACCACUCCUGCUCCACCAGGUGCUACAGCUUCGGCCUCGGGCCAAACGCCUGCAGGAGGCUGGUGCGGGGUCUGGCUGCCGUGUCCAGGGGCGUCUCCGAGUUCCUGGAGGAGGGCGAGAGGCUGCAGCCCAAGAUGAUCAGGUCACUGAAGAAGGCGAUGGCUCCAGUCCUGAGCGAUGUGUCCGUGGAGUGGGUCUUUCCUGAGAGCACCGAGGUCCUGGUGUCCCCUGUCAGCAGCAGCUGCCUGUUCCCUGGUGACCGCCUGGUCAGCUACAGUGUCGUCUGUGACACCUCCCUGUACCUGUCCAACCCCAGAGCUGACAAGAGGCGGCAGUACAGCACGAUGCAUUCCCAGGAGUCGGGCAGCUCUGUUUUCUUCCACUCCCAGGAGGAGGGAGCAGGCUUGGAGAGCUGGAACCACUCCAGAGACUCGGAGGAGUCCUGCCCCACUGAGCGCUCCCCCGAGCACCUGGGCGUGGGCAGAGACCCCGGGGGAGAGUCAGACACGGACACAGGAAUGGAUGUGAAGGCUCUGUCCAGGAGACGGGCGUACAGCACCACCCACAUCUCCGAGCACGAGCCCCGCAGGAAGGUGCCCACAGCCAGCGACCCUGGCACUGCCCUGGUGAGGAACCCCCUGAGGAAAACCCACCUGCAGGACCUGCAGCAGCUCAGCCCCGAGCCCUGGCAGGUGGAUUUCCAGCUCCUCAUCGGACAGCCGGAGCCCCGGGGAUGUGGAGGCUGCCCAGCAUCCAUCCUGUGAGACAGAGACCUCCUCCGACUGGGAGCCGCAGGACCUGGAUAUGGGCGCUGCCUGCGGCUCCCCGCGCUCCCCCAGGGCCCUCUGCAGGGCACUGGUGAAGGGGCUGAGGAACAACGAGCCGGUGCAGUGGGAAGUCACGUUUGACAUCCACCCUCUGUUCCGGGAGCGGGAGAGCCACGAGGAUGCUGACACAGACCUGUGGAGUGAGACCUUCCACCACCUGGCAGCCAAGGCACUCAUCCAGGACCUGGAGCAGCUCGCUGAGAGGGAGUGUGAAAUCGAGCAUGGGUCUGGGCGCCGGUUCCAGCUCAGCGCUGUCCACACCAGCAAGGCCUGUAACAUCAUCAGCAAGUACACAGCCUUCGUGCCUGUGGACCUGAGCACCAGCUCCUACCUGCCCACCCUGGUCCAGUACACCCACACAGGGGCAGCAUCCAAGCAAAGCAACCAGAGGAAACAGAAGAGUUCAGGAAACAGAAAGUAUCGUGGCUGUUCCCAUGGACAUCCUCAGUCAGCAUGUGGCCAGAAUGGAGACCUCGGAUUGAACAGCAUGAAUGCUGAGGAGAGGAGCCCCUCACCCUCCAGCACCCCAUCUUUGUCUGCCUGGGAGCGCUGCCGUGGCCCUGAAGGGCCUCUCCACGGCCUGUCUGCUUCCUCUGCACAAGCCCAAAAAUCCAUUGAGAGGCUCUUUGCUGCCAGGCUGACCCUCAAUAAAACCAUGCUGCUGGUUCGAGCUGCCAAGGGCUUCAUGGGUAAAUCUCCUAGCAGAGGGAGCAAAGCCAGCUCUGAGGGUGACAGUGAGAGCAUGGACUACCUUCCCCUGGUGUCCCUGCAGCUGGCCUGUGGUGCCUUCCUUCUGAAUUCAGCCUUCUGUGACGCCGUCAACAUCCCCAUGGAGAAGCUGAAGUGGACAUCACCCUUCACCUGCCACCGCCUGUCCCUCAGCCCCUCCGGCUCCUACAGCAGCAAGAAGAGCAGCUCCUCCUCCUCGGAGCCCAAAGCCCUGAGCUGCCCCCGGCAGCUGCUGGUCCCCAGCGGGCAGGGGAAGGGCCCCAUCGCUGCAGACCCGGCUGGGGGAGCAGUGCUGAGCACGGGCCACCCUCGGCACCUGUCGGGCAGCGCUGCCGAGAGCAUCUCCAGGGCGCUGAGAGCCGAGCAGGAGCAGGAGCUGCGCCCCCCGGCCAUCACCAUCCGCAGCUUCUCCUCCCCCGCCGACAGCCGCGCCUGGGACGCCGAGGGCGGCCCCGAGCUCCAGGCUGUGCUCUCAGACGUGGAGCUGCAGCAGCAGACGGAGCCCGAGGGGAUGCUCUGGGCCACGGCGGUGGCCCUGGCCUGGCUGGAGCACAGCUCAGCCUCCUACUUCAUCGAGUGGGAGCUGGUGGCUGCCAAAGCCAGCCUGUGGCUGAGCGAGCAGGACUUCCCCCAGGGAUCCAGCCUGGCCACGGUGAAAGCUGCAGCCCAGCAGCUCUUUGUGCUGCUCCGGCACUGGGAUGAGAACUUGGAGUUCAACCUGCUGUGCUACAACCCAGGCAGUGUGUAAGAGGAGGAGGAGGGAGGCUUGGGCAGAUUGCUGAGGGCACAGGAGCAGGGAUGUAUCCUUAAGGAAAUGCCUCCAAGGAGCUCAGCUCCUCUGCUGCAGGAAUGUGUGUGUUUAUUAGAGCAAACCCUGCACACACAGCAGCCUGGGCUAAACCCUGCACUCAGCAGUCAGGAUUUUGCCCUGGAAGGGAACCCACCACUGCCUGCAGUAGAUGCCUUUUAUUUUCAACUAGAUCAGCACUUCCAGCUACAGCAGUUCCCUCUGAUUCUGGUUUCUUCUGGUCCAAGCCCAGUUUCCAGGGCAGAUCUUGUGGCCUGCUCCACUUUCCCUGUCCUUGCUUAGAUGCCUCUUCCCAGCUCUGAAUCACUGCCAAGCCCCCACUGCAGCCCCUCAGCCCCAAAUCCCUGCUUUCCUGAGGCUCCUGCCAUCUCAGAUGGCUUUCAGAGAAGACAACAUGCUCAUCUCAUGGGUAAAAGGGAAUCUGGGCUGGGGAUGAGCAUGUGAAGAGCAGCCCCGCUGUCACAGCCAGGAGGAUCGAGCCCAGCCAGGCCAGUUGGAGGCUGGGACCAAACCCCAUCCCAUCCACACAGUGCUGGGCUCCUUCAGGCUCUCUGCAAUCCCAGCAGGAGUUUGUGAGGUCCCUUGCAGCCAACGUGUGCCUUUGGAGCUUCACAGGCAGAGCCAGGGUGCCCGGGAUUGAAGGAUCAAGUGCCUCCAGAGGGAGUUGUGUGCCACUGUCUCCUGUGGAGCCCACCUGGAACCCACUGCCUUCUGCUCCCCCCCCUGGCAUGUAGCAGCCUUGCCUGUCCCAGCAGGCUUCUGUCUCGUGUCUGUGUGUCUGGGGGUGACACAGGAGGGAAACCUGUGCUGGGGACCAUGAGCACCCCUGUGGCCUCUGCUCUGGUGUCACCUCCCCAAGGUCCCCAGGACUGUGAGCAUCCCUCUGGUGUCUGCUCUGGUGUCACCUCCCCAAGGUCCCCAGGACUGUGAGCAUCCCUCUGGUGUCUGCUCUCAGUGUGGCCUCUCCAGGGUCUCCAGGAUUAUCUUUUUGCUCCCUGCUCUGGUUUCACCUCUCUCGGGUUUCCAGGAGCUUCCCUCUGGUCUCUGCUCUCCGUGUCAGCUCUCUGGGUUCCCCAGAACUCGAGCCCCCCUCCAGUGUCUCUUUGAUGUCCCUCUCUGAGGUCCCCAGUGUGGCAGUGCUCAGUGUUGCUGUGGGUUUGCCAGCCGGGUGCCUCGGCACAGUCGUGUUCUCUGUUGUUGCAGAAAUGUUGUUGUCCCAGUAAAUCACAGCCUGCUCUA